AUGUCUUUCUUCUUCCGAUCAAGCUCCGUGAGUGACGGCAAGAUGGAGACUGCUGCUUCACACAAGGUUGUCACGCCUGAAGAGGCUGUGUCAAGAAUCGCAUACCUCGCUAGCGAUGUCGUCGUCUCUGUCCAGCCUUCGCUGGCUGUCGAUUCGGCCUUCUCCUCCCACCUGAAGCGUUAUGCCGGCCGCAAUGACCAGGGCAUCGUCGCCGCAAAUGGGGUUCCGGAGAUCCAAUCUGUUCGGCACAACGCCGAUCCUCUUCUCUCCGUCUACGCCCCCAUCCGCUCGGGCAAGCUCGUCUCUGUGACGACGCCUGCCUCUAUUCUCAUCCCUUCCAUCUCUCACCUCUACAAGCUUGCCAACUACCCCGUUGUCCUCCAUGUUUCUCUCGAACCCCGAAAACACGCCGACUACUCUGUCAUCACCUCCAUUAGGAACUCGGGAUGGACCUUCUUGCACUCCGAGACCCUGCAGGAGGCCCAGGAUAUGGCUGUUUCUGCCCAUGCGCUCGCCAUUCGCACAGGCAAGGGUGUAAUUCACUUCUUUGCCCCCGAGACCUCGGCCCAGGAUGCUUCAAUUUCCAUUGACGUCGAGGCUGUCAGAUCCGUCGUCGAUAUUGAGAGUGUAAGGAGGUUCCAGGCCGCUAGCAUCGCCACUUCUGGAAUCUAUGCCGACGAUGGCCACUCGGCCGUUCUGUCCGCAAAUCCUGAGCCUCCAGUCAGUACCGAGGCUUCCAAGGCUUCCGGCCUCCAGGUCCCUGCGAGCGCCGUGGCUUCCAAGGUUGCUUCUGCUGGAACUUCCGUCAAGUCUAGUCAAGUGAGCGAGUCAGGCGAAUCACAACCCGGCUCUGCUGCCACUACUGUCGAGUUCGCCCCUCCCCAGGUUACUUCUCAGGACAUCUACGACACUGCCUCUAGCAUCUGGAGCCAGCUCCACGCUGCUGUUGGCCGAUCAUACAGCGCCUUUGAGUACUCUGGCCCUGCUGAUGCUGCCAACUGCCUUUUCAUCUUUGGCACUGAUGUUGGGACCUUUGGUGAAGCCCUUGAUAACGCCAAGGGUGACGAGGUCUUCGCCAAGGCUGGUAUCCUGACCCCUCGACUCUACAGGCCCUGGAUUGGCACCAACUUUGUCGAUUCCCUGCCCCAGUCUGUCAAGAGGAUUGCCGUCUUGGAGCAGAUCCGCCGCAAGACCACGAAGUGGGGACCUCUCUUGAUCGAUGUCCUGACCUCUAUUAAGAGCGGCCCUGGUGGCGUUGAGCACAUUGUUGGCUACCAGUUGGGCUAUGUGGACCCUGCAGUCAUUGGCCAAGCCCUCCGAGGUAUCUUCCAGAACUUGACCUCCGACAAGCCCAUCCAGAACCUCGAGGUUGGCGUCAGGGACGCUCCUGAAGAGAAGACUGAGUACGGUGUUGAGGUCCCCGCUCUUGAGACCGCAUACACUAAGAUUUUGGACCAGCUCUUCGGCAGUAGGACCUACGUCGCAAACGCUCUGAAGUCGCAGAACGCUGGUAUCUCGGCAACAGUCGCAGCCAGCCCCGAAUUCGGUUUCGGUUCCCUGUUGGCUCGCAAGGAGCUCCGCUCCCGAUUCGUUUCUGAGGCCAAGGCCGCCGCUACCAGCAAGGAGUUUAUCACUGAUGCUCCAUCCAAGUUCCUGGCACGCUGGGCCGUGAACGCUGAUGAUGUCUCCAAGUCAACUGAAACCGCUGACGAUGUCAUCGCCCGUCUUCAGACCGACGGUUCGCCCCUGGCCCAGAAGCUCCUUGCCAACAAGAGCCUGUUCCGUAAGGAGUCGCUCUGGCUGACUGGUUCCGAUGCUUGGGCCUACGAUCUCGGAAACUCGGGUGUCCACCAUGUUUUGGCUUCCGGAGAGAACGUCAACAUGCUCAUCAUCGACUCUACCCCCUACUCCCAGAAGGCCGCCGCCGAUGCCGAGCGCCGUAAGAAGGACAUUGGUUUGUACGCCAUGAACUUCGGCAACGUCUAUGUCGCCUCUACUGCCGUCUACAGCUCGUACACCCAGGUUCUCCAGGCCUUGAUGGAGGCCGACAAGUUCAACGGUCCCUCGGUCGUCCUGGCUUACCUACCAUACUUUGGAGAGAGUGACUCUCCCCUUACAGUUCUCCAGGAGACCAAGAAGGCUGUCGAUGCCGGUUACUGGCCUCUGUACCGAUGGAACCCCGAGAACGAGAAGAAGGGCGAGCCCAACUUCUCUCUUGACUCUGAGUUGAUCAAGCAGGAACUCAAGACAUUCCUUGCCCGAGACAACCAGCUCACUCAACUGAUGAAGAAGGAGCCUCAAUUUGCUGCCAGUUUGGCCCAGGACUUCGGAACUGAAGUUCGAGCUCAGCAGAAGCGCAAGGCUAAGGAUGCAUACGCCCAGCUGCUUGAAGGCCUCCUCGGGGCUCCUCUUACCAUCCUGUUCGCCUCUGACAACGGUAACGCUACCAACGUUGCCAAGCGUCUCGGCAACCGGGGACGUGCUCGUGGCCUCAAGACUACUGUCCUGGCUAUGGAAGACUAUCCUCUUGAGGACCUCCCCUCUGAGGAGAACAUUGUCUUUAUCACCUCCACUGCUGGUCAGGGUGAGUUCCCACAGAACGGUCUGCCAUUCUGGGAUGCUAUCAAGGACAGCACCGAUCUGGACCUCGCUACCGUGAACUACUCCAUCUUCGGUCUGGGUGACAGCCACUACUGGCCUCGCAAGGAAGACAGGAUCUUCUACAACAAGCCCGCCAAGGAUCUGGACCGUCUUUUGACUAAUCUCGGCGGUAAGCACCUGGCCGAUGUAGGCCUUGGUGAUGACCAGGAUCCUGAUGGUUACCAGACCGGCUAUGCUGACUGGGAGCCCAAGGUUUGGCAAGCCCUUGGCGUGGACAACGUCGAUGGUCUUCCCGAUGAGCCUCCCCCAAUCACCAACGAGGAUAUCAAGUUGGCCUCCAACUACCUCCGUGGUACCAUCGUUGAGGGAUUGAACGACCCUACCACUGGCGCCAUUUCCGCAGCUGACGGCCAGCUCACCAAGUUCCAUGGUACCUACAUGCAGGAUGACCGUGAUGUUCGUGAUGAGCGCAAGGCCCAGGGCUUGGAGCCUGCCUACUCCUUCAUGAUUCGAUGCCGUCUUCCUAGUGGUGUUUCUACUCCUCUGCAGUGGGUCCAGAUGGACGACAUCGCCAACACCCUCGGAAACCAGACGAUGAAGCUUACUACUCGCCAAACCUUCCAGUUCCACGGUGUGGUCAAGGGCAAGCUCAAGCCUGCCAUGCAAGCCAUCAACCGUGCUUUGAUGACCACUAUUGCCGCCUGCGGUGAUGUCAACAGAAACGUCAUGUGCAGCUCGCUUCCCACAAAGUCAAAGCUGCACAGAGAAGUUCACACCGUCUCCCAGAAGAUCAGUGACCACCUCUUGCCAUCGACCACUGCUUACCACGAAAUUUGGCUCACAGAUGACGAUGACAAGAAGACUCAGAUUGCCGGCGACGCUGUCCAAGACUUUGAGCCCCUCUACAGUCCCACCUACCUCCCCAGAAAGUUCAAGAUCACCAUCGCUGUUCCUCCUCACAAUGAUACCGAUGUGUACGCACACGAUAUCGGUCUGAUUGCUAUCAAGGGCGAAGACGGUGGCCUUGCUGGUUUCAACAUUCUUGCUGGUGGUGGUAUGGGUGCUACCCACAACAACAAGAAGACCUACCCCCAGACCGGUAGAAUGUUCGGUUUCGUCUCUGUGGAGGAUGCUCACAUUGUCUGCGAGAAGAUUAUGCUUGUCCAGCGCGAUAACGGUGACCGUAAGAACCGCAAGCACGCUCGUCUCAAGUACACCAUCGACGAUAUGACGGUCGAUGUGUACCGUAGCAAGGUUGAAGAGCUCUGGGGCAAGCAGUUCGGUGCUCCUCGUCCUUUCGAGUUCAAGAGCAACGUCGACACCUUCGGCUGGGUCAAGGACGAGACCGGCUUGAACCACUUCACCCUGUUCAUCGAGAACGGUCGUAUUGAAGAUACUCCUGAGUUCCAGAUGAAGACUGGUCUCAGGGAGAUUGCCAAGGUCCACAAGGGUGAAUUCCGUCUGACCGGUAACCAGCAUGUCAUCCUCAGCAAUGUUGCUGACGAGGACCUCCCCGCCAUGAAGGAGCUGCUGAAGAAGUACAAGCUUGACAACAUCUCCUUCUCCGGUCUCCGUCUCAGCUCUUCCGCCUGUGUUGCUUUCCCCACUUGCGGUCUUGCCAUGGCUGAGUCUGAGCGUUACCUGCCCGUCCUCAUCUCCAAGCUGGAGUCUUGCCUUGAGGACAAUGGUCUUAGCCAGGACUCCAUUGUCAUGCGCAUGACCGGUUGCCCCAACGGUUGCGCUCGCCCUUGGCUUGCUGAGGUCGCCUUCGUCGGUAAGGCCUACGGCGCGUACAACAUGUACCUCGGUGGCGGCUAUCACGGCCAGCGCCUGAACAAGCUCUACCGAGCAAGCAUCAAGGAAGAAGAGAUCCUGGAGAUCAUGAAGCCACUCCUGAAGCGAUACUCGCUUGAGAGAGAGGAGGGGGAGCGCUUUGGCGACUUCUGUAUCAGGAGCGGAGUAAUCAAGGCCACGACCGAUGGCCAGAACUUCCACGACGGGGUUGCCGAAGAGGAAGAAGAGGACGAGGAAUGA